AAACCAUAAGACUUCAAAUCAUGAAUCUAUACUCUCUGGUCCUCCAUAAACAGACCUUUGUACUCACUCCUCCAUCCACAAAUCACAGCACAACACACUUCAACUUCUUUCCCUUUUAAAACUCUCUUUCACUUCUAUUUCUAAGCUUAAGUGAUCACUAUGACAAAGGAUGUUGAAGUUGCAGAGCAAGGAGGAGAGUACUCAGCUAAGGACUACCAUGACCCACCUCCAGCUCCUUUGAUCGACCCUGAGGAGCUAACCCAGUGGUCCUUUUACAGAGCUCUUACUGCAGAGUUCAUUGCCACACUUCUUUUCCUUUACAUCACAGUUUUGACUGUGAUUGGGUACAAGAGCCAGACUGACCCCGCCAAGAACGCAGACCAAUGUGGUGGGGUUGGUGUUCUUGGUAUUGCUUGGGCCUUUGGUGGCAUGAUCUUCGUCCUUGUUUACUGCACUGCCGGUAUCUCUGGAGGACACAUAAACCCGGCGGUGACAUUCGGGCUAUUCUUGGCGAGGAAGGUGUCGCUGAUCCGAGCAGUGUUGUACAUGGUAGCACAGUGCUUGGGAGCAAUCUGCGGAGUUGGGUUGGUGAAGGCGUUCCAGAAGUCACUCUACACUAAGUAUGGAGGUGGAGCCAAUGAGCUGGCACUUGGGUACAACAAGGGAACUGGAUUGGGGGCAGAGAUAAUUGGUACCUUUGUUCUUGUCUACACUGUCUUCUCAGCCACUGACCCUAAGAGGAACGCUAGAGACUCCCAUGUUCCUGUAUUGGCACCCCUUCCCAUUGGAUUCGCUGUAUUCAUGGUUCACCUAGCCACAAUCCCAAUCACUGGUACUGGUAUCAACCCAGCUAGAAGCUUUGGAGCCGCAGUGAUCUACAACCAAACCAAGGCCUGGGAUGACCAAUGGCUAUUCUGGGUUGGACCUUUUAUUGGAGCUGCCAUCGCUGCCUUCUACCACCAAUACAUUCUUAGAGCAGCAGCCAUUAAGGCUCUAGGAUCCUUCAGGAGCAAUGCUUAAGUUUUUCCAACAAUUAUGUAUUUUCCCAAAUUAAGAUGGAGAUGGUGUUUCCAACUCUCAGAUAUUUUCUCUUGUACUUUCUGAGACAUUUAACUUGUAUCUAGUUUAUUCACCAUCUUGUGUAUGACUCUCUUUCUCAUCCAAACAGAGGAGAAAGAGAGAUCAAAUUGAAACCAUCCCCAUUACACAUUAAUGAAUUCAUCCAAAUUUGUUUCAA